CCAUUUUUAAAGUUAAAAAUAUAUGAGAAUGAAAUCCCGUUUGUUGUAACCUACUUUGCCUACAGGGACCGCACUCUAUAAAAGAUGGAAGUUGAGCCAAGUGGUGAAAGACUUGUGUGUUUUGUGGUCGUCGCGUGUGCAACGGUGCGCUCAUAGCUGUCCGGCUGAGAAGUUCGUUAUCAGAGAAGAUGAAGCUGAAACAGUGGCUGGGACAAUCGACAUUGGCCUGCGCUUUAUUUGUUGGAUCCAUCGUCUACAGACAACAGCUAGUGACGAAAGUGAGGCAGUUUCGGGAUUAUUCCGGUGAUGUUUUGGACUCGCAAUGGAAAUCUAUUCUCGGAUUAUUUGGCAAUGACGACUAUUAUUUAUACGUCUGGGGUUGCAUCCUCUGCAUUAUAAUUCCGUUUUGGACUGUCGGCGGAAUGUUCAUGUUCAUGGACUACUUCAACUGGCCAAAAUGGGUCCGCAAGUACAAAGUUCAGCCUGGAACAAACGAACCCGUCGAUUUGAACAAACUCAAAGAGACAAUUAAAGUGGCGCUGAUUAACCAAUGGACGAUUGGCAAUCCGCUCAUCUUCAUUAGUUUCGCCGUCAAGAAAUUCACCAACACCAUGCCGGCCAUUUACGAGUUACCGACGCUCCAGCGCUUCCUGAUUGAAAUGGCCGUUCUGUUUAUUGUUGACGAAAUCGCAUUGUAUUACGUGCACAGGUUAAUGCAUCACCCGAAAUUAUACUCGUGGGUCCACAAGAAACAUCACGAAUGGCACGCACCUGUCGCCAUCUCCGUCAUUUACACGACUAAAACCGAAAAUCUUUUAAUUACAGGCGGAACUGGCUUGGGUCCAUUUUUAAUGAAUCCUCACCUAGUCACUUUGUGGAUCUGGUAUGCUCUGGUUAACUUGAGAGGCCUGAAAAAUCAUUGCGGAUACAAUUUCCCUUGGCUACCGACUCCGGAGGAUCACGACUAUCACCAUAUGAUGAGCAAUGCCUGUUUCGGUCGAACGCUGGCCCUGGACUGGCUCCACGGGACGGACAAGGGUUUCCGGGAUUACCAGGCCCGAAAAAAAAAUUCCGCUGGGCAUCAACUUGACCUGAAAAAAUCCGAAUAAAAGUUUAUUAUUGUUAAGUCAGAAAAUGCGAUCCUUUUAGCUUUGCAGUCAAGCAACUUAAUUGUCCUCGUGUGCAACACUAACAACGUUCGACGCCCUAGAGGUAACCUGGUAACCCCCCAUAACUUGUUUAAUUAUAAUGUGCCAUUCCCAAUGCUUUUAUAUGUUACAAUUUUAUCUUAACAAUUCAAAUUGGUUGACACCUUCAGAAAAUGCAAACAAACUCGAGUUGCUUUCCUCUGCCAAAAUAAUUUUCCUUUUAUUUUUUAAACAAGGAAAGAAAUAUAUAAAAUUUGGCUAUAUGCAAAAGUUAACUUUCAAACAAUGUAGCAGCAGUUAGCGAAGUGACUGGGCAGCUUUCAGAACCGGUUGGCUGUCCUGAUUCGGAGAAAUCUUGCAAGAAAACGACUAGAUAAUUUCCUAAAAUUAUACUUCCUGGUUCUAGGGUUCUAGGUGGCUAUACGGAUAUGACAAAGGUACCACUUAUUCUGUCAGAGUAUACCGUGACUUUUUGCAUAGAACAUUAAAUUAAUCAAAAGUUACAAUUUUAUGCAGCUAUUUUAGCAACCUGGAAAGCUUGUUUCGUGUUUUCCCGUUGGGCUUUUGGGCUCUGCUGCGACGCAUUUGCUCUUAUCGCUGGGAAAACAGCUGGUUUUCCCUUGUUAAUUGUUUGAUUUGCGAUAACUUAUUUAUUCGACUGGACGCCUAUUACGAAAUGAACUAAGGGUUUUUCUUAAAUUAAAAUCCCACCACUAGCGUAAAAUGAAGCAGAUUGUUUGGCAUCGAUUGUUUGCCAUUGGAUUUGUACGAUAGUUUGCAGCCGGUUGGUGAUAAACCAAGGGUGGUAAAACCCCUGUUUUAUGACAGGUGCAUUAAUCAAAGCCGCGCUGAUAAUAAAAAAUUGGGAAACACGCCAAAUAUCGCUAUC